AUGCUAAUAAGAAACGUGUCUCGUGUUGUGAAGUAUGGACUAUAUGGGAGUGUGGCCAUAGGUAGCGGAGCUUUUGUUACAUCAGUGUAUACUGACGGUGAUUAUGAUUCCCUUGCUGUUGUGAGACAUACUAGGGCAGCACGUACCGCUUUAGAUAUUGGAAGGAUAUACAAAUCUAUGCUUUACAGUCAAGAAUGGGACAAGGAAUCCAAAGAGUACUUGCAAGUAAAAAGCGAUGCUCAUAAAGCAGGGGCAGAGAAACUGCUUGAAUUAUGUAAAACUAAUAAAGGUGUGUACAUUAAAGUUGGGCAGCACGUCGGUGCCCUCGAUUAUUUGCUGCCCUCUGAAUAUGUAUCAACCAUGAGGGUUCUACACAAAGAUGCACCUAGAAAUACUGUAGAAGAAUUGUAUAAAGUUAUUAAAGAUGAAUUAAAAAAGGAUCCAUCAGAGUUAUUUGUGGAAUUUGAUCCUGAGCCUUUAGGUACAGCAUCCCUUGCACAAGUACACCGAGCAAGAUUAAAAGACGGCAGAGAAGUGGCUGUAAAAGUCCAACACCAUUAUGUACGAAAAAACAUUUCUAUUGACUUAACGUGGAUGGAAUUUCUAAUUAACGUCAUGUCGAAAGUGUUCCCCGAAUUUCAAAUGGAUUGGCUCGUUGAGGAAACAAAAAAGAAUAUAGCCAAAGAACUAAAUUUCUUAGAGGAAGGCAGGAAUUCGGAAAAGGUUGCCGAGUUAUUUAAGAAUUAUACAUGGCUGAAAGUGCCUAAGAUUUUUUGGGAUUACUGUUCAGAGAGGGUGCUGGUUAUGGAGUAUGUGACAGGGGGUCAGGUUAAUGACACUAAAUAUAUUGAUGGUCAUGGCAUUAGCCGAACAGACUUGUGCACAAAACUAGGCGACCUGUAUUCACAUAUGAUAUUUGUCACUGGUUUUGUACACAGCGACCCCCAUCCAGGCAAUAUUAUAGUUAGAAAAGAUCCGGGAGACAAGGAUGUUACAGUUUUCCUUUUAGAUCAUGGACUGUAUGCGCAAUUAUCAGAGAAAUUCCGUUACGAUUAUUCCAAAUUGUGGCUGUCGAUAAUAGCAAGAGAUAAAGAGGGAAUCAAAAAUUACGCAAAGAAUCUUGGCAUUGGGGAUGAUCUCUAUGGAUUAUUUGCUUGCAUGGUGACUGGCAGACCAUGGGAUGUUAUUAUGAAAGGAAUUGAUGUCACAAAACCAUCUUCGGGAGAGAAAUCAACAUUCCAAAACGAGUUACCGAAUUUCCUGCACCAUGUCACACAUUGCCUACAGCACGUGGACAGACAAGCACUAUUAGUUAUGAAGACGAAUGAUCUUAUACGCAGUAUAGAGUAUGCGUUGAGCGUUCAGGACAAGAUGUGUGGGUUCUUAGUCAUGACCAAAUGUUGUACGGAGAGCAUAUUCAAGCUCGAAGUUAAGAACGAGCAAUCGAAAAUGAAACGACAAGUACUUAAUCUUAAGUAUGUAUGGUCAUUAUUCGUUCUAUAUUUCUACGGGCUCUAUUUAAAUAUACGUCAUAGUGUAAAUUUUAUGUAGAUAAUUGUACCAAAAAUAAGUGUAAGUUCGUGAGUGAUAGAAAACGCCCAAUUGCUUUUAUAAAUAAGUGUUUUUGAGCUUUAUUUGCAUUGACAGUUUUUAUACUCUGGCUUUAAAUGUUUUCGACGGUUAUAUGACGUAAACGUCAGCGUAAGAUGUGUUAAUGUACUCGUAUUUCUUCAAAUUUCAUAAACGCUAAUGGUGGGUACAGACUGGUGAAAUGUAACAUGCAAUGAAAGAAUUCACCGUACA